GUAACAAGGACAGAGCACGCUCAUAGCGCUAAAUAGCGUCUCCCCGAACGCAGCCACUAGCGCAUAUCUAACCUAACCUAUGCCCACUAUAUCUAACCUUAUAUCGGUUGCGUAGCACGUGUCCGGCGAUUAAGUAAAGGCGAUUUUAUUUUUCUAAAAGAGCCGAAGACUGAUACAUUUCGGUGAAUAUGGGCGAAACAAAAGAAGAAAAGGCGCCCCGCGAGUAUGAGUGGAUGGUGAGGCCGUGUAUGAUGUACAAGGACGAGUAUGACGAUUGCACCAGUACGAAGGGUCGUUUCCAUCAAUACUUCAUAUUCGGCGAAGCGAUCGAUUGCAAUCAAUGGAAGACCGAUUAUCAAAACUGCUAUCAAUGGCAAAAGUACAAGUCGGAAGUGGCAUAUGACGAGCUGAUCAAGAGCGAGAAGCAACGCAGGACAAAGCGAUUGCACGCGCAUUAUCAGAACGACGUCUGGGAGAAGAGGGAGAAGCCGCCCGAGAACUGGAACACCCCUCUGCCCGAGUGGAUGCAGAAGGAGUUCGACAACUCGUAUCUGCACAUACGAAACCAAGAGAUGAAACAGGGUACGAAGGUGUCCACCCUCGACACGAGAUGUACUAUAUUAUAACAACGAAUUUACUAUCAUAAGAUUAGACCCCAGCGAGAAAUGACUCGUCAAUUCAUGUCGAAACAAUGUCGACUCGAUAUUGACACCGUCAAGUCCCUAGGUUUGUUUUCUGUUCCUGCACGAGUGCACCGGUGGAGGAACUACACUCUAGCAGUAAGCUAGAAUGACAAAAAGUUUAUUGCACUAGUUUACCAAUGUAGCAACCAGAAACAAGCCGCAUGAUGCAAGAAUAUCAGGUGUAACAUUCCUCUGAAUACGCACUUGUGACCAAUCAGAAAUUUGCCCUAAACCUUUAAACUGCAAAUUAUUGCGGUUGAAUGCAGCAAAAACCAAGGAGCAAUUUGUCCCAAAAAUUGGUUAUAUGCGCAAUGUUUCACCCUAUAUUUUUACAUCAUGAUCAAAUCGACGUCGACUUUGACAACAGCGAUGUCGAUUCGGCGAGUCAUUUUUCGCUGGGACAUAGCCUGUAUGUAUUAUACAUACUGUACUUAUUUAAACCGAGUCACGUGAGUACUUUGACAUAUAUAUACAGUUUUGCAGUCUAAGUAAAUACGAGAUAGUGAUGUAACAUCAGAUAUCUUAUCGUCAAGUACGAUCAGGCGAGGAAUGAUUGCGGUUGAUUGCGAAAGCACCUUCGGAUGAUAAAACCGAAUCACCCCUUUCUAUCCCUCUUCUUUAAAGGGAAAAUAGAAGGAUAAAAAUUCCAAUGUUGCCCUAGUAGCACAAUAUAUUGGCGCAACAAUGAGAAAUGAUGUAAAUCUAGUAUUCCUAAUAUGGUAAGAUAGACGCCUUAGCCAAUAUGUCUAUUUAGCAAUAUUAAUUUAAUAUUGUAUCAAUAUUAGACCAAUAUUCUUAUU